CCUGGGGCUGGGGGACACCAAGCUGCUGGGCAGCUCGGCAGCCCAACCUUACGCCUGGACACGAUGCAGCCUAGCAGGCGCAGCCUUCCUUUCCCUCUGAACUGCCAGCUUGUAAGGGUUGGAACUGCUGAAUAUGGAGGUGCCUCGGAUCAGAGCGAUCAGCAGCUGGACUGCGCCUUGGACCUGAUGAGGCGCCUGCCUCCACAGCAGAUUGAGAAAAACCUCAGUGAUCUGAUCGACCUGGUCCCCAGUCUGUGUGAAGAUCUCCUGUCUUCUGUUGACCAGCCCCUGAAAAUUGCCAGAGACAAGGUGGUGGGCAAGGAUUACCUUUUGUGUGACUACAACAGAGACGGGGACUCCUAUAGGUCACCGUGGAGUAACAAGUAUGAUCCUCCUUUGGAAGAUGGGGCCAUGCCAUCUGCUCGGCUCAGAAAGCUGGAGGUAGAGGCCAACAAUGCCUUCGACCAAUACCGAGACCUGUAUUUUGAAGGUGGUGUCUCCUCAGUCUACCUCUGGGAUCUUGAUCAUGGCUUUGCUGGAGUGAUCCUCAUAAAGAAGGCUGGAGAUGGAUCAAAGAAGAUCAAAGGCUGCUGGGACUCCAUCCACGUGGUAGAAGUGCAGGAGAAGUCCAGCGGCCGUACCGCCCAUUACAAGUUGACCUCCACGGUGAUGCUAUGGCUGCAAACCAACAAAUCCGGCUCGGGCACCAUGAACCUGGGAGGCAGCCUAACCAGACAGAUGGAGAAAGACGAAACUGUGAGUGACUGUUCCCCACACAUAGCCAACAUCGGGCGCCUAGUGGAGGACAUGGAAAACAAAAUCAGAAGCACGCUGAAUGAGAUCUACUUUGGAAAGACAAAGGACAUCGUCAACGGGCUGAGAUCUCUUGAUGCUAUCCCCGACAACCACAAGUUUAAGCAGUUGCAGAGGGAGCUUUCUCAAGUGCUGACCCAGCGCCAGGUCUACAUCCAGCCUGAUAAUUGAGCCGACCCAGGUCUGUGCAGACGUUUGCAGACAAAUCAAAGCAAGAAGCGCUUAAGAAUGACCUGGUGGAGGCCUUGAAGAGGAAGCAGCAGUGUUAAGACCUCCGCUUCUGCUAACCGGACACGCCAUGCACUCGUUAGGUUCCUUUCUUUAGAAAACUCAUUUUCUGCUCCUUCUCCCUCUUCCUUUCCCUCCCUGACAGGUCAUAUAACAGUUUGCAUCGACUACGCAGCGCCAUCUCUCCCCCAAAAUAAAGUCCGAUAACCACCCUCCUCUGGCUCCAAGGCCUGCUUCCCACGA